AUGUUUCACUUUAAGAAUUCCCAGUUUAAUGAGAUCUUCAUCAUGUGGCUAGUUAAUAUUGAUGUUAACAUACUUGACCUAUAGAUUACAUUGCAGACUAUUCGCAAAAAUGUAUUAAAUUAAACAAACAAUAUUGUUAUGGAAGUAUAAAAAAGACAUAAUAGCUAUAAGAUAUGCUCAAGAAAUAUACUAAUUUGCAAACUUCCAGAAGUUAGUAAAGUAGUUCAAGUCUUAUUGCAAGAGUUAAACAAUAACAGCAAGAAUUACUGCUUUAGAUUUUGCAAUUUAGUGGGAAAAAAUAUCAUGAUACAGCAGAAGCUUUUUAGGCAAUUCACUAGAACAUUAUCUAAAUCAAAUUCAGAAUUACUUAUUUUCAACAGAAAGUACAAGCAUGACAUUGGCAACCUAAGUUUUACAGUUUUGUUUAUAAUAAACAUUAAUCAAAUGCAAAAAAAAUAAUCCUAAUUGAAUAAUCACAAGCAGCUCCUCUUUGACUUUGAUGGAGAUAAUUUCUGCAAAUAAGUUGUAUUCCGAGCACAUUUAGCUGAAAUCAAAGCAUAUAUUUAGGCAGGUGACAUAUGA